UGUUCCGUCAGCCACCUCUAUCUCAACUCGAGGAGAAGUGCAACUUUCGGCGUGUUCCAGACGCACCUUGACUGACCAGUUGCAGGUGGACAUCGUGCAUGCAAUUGCAUGCAACGGACUGAAAAAUAAUAGAUUAUAUUGUUUAACUGAUUUAAGUAGGAUAAUAGAAGAUAAGUGGGUAAAUUAAAAUGUGGUCUGGUCUCAUCUGACGGACUCAAGGUAAUGCAGCGAUGAGCAGCGGCAGGUGAUGGUGAUGUGGAUGCUGACGCGCCGUGGCUCAACUUGUCUCCAAGUAGCGUUUUUUGCACGAUGGGCGACCGGACUGUUUUAUCGUUCAACAGAAGUCACCUUCUGAAUCGAAAGCAUAAAGUUAUGGGAUUAUUUAAAAAGUCAUUUUGACAAUUCCCCCAAUAAUUUUUAUUUAGCCACUACUUGUUAAUGAAAUAGACCUGAGCAAAUAAACAAAUGGGUCUUUUUUAAAGUCCACACCGAGUAUUGCGUAUUGCAGUAAAUCCUAAAACUUUGGUAGGAGAUUGAGUGAAAACACUGAGACAGUUUUGCCUUUAUCGAGUUAAUCCGGAUCCCGUUGGCUCGUAUGGGACUGAGGCACUCAUCGCGGUGCCUGCUCCUGCGGAGAAAGAUGGCGGAGGCGGAGAGCUCGGAGAAGAAAGAAAGUCAUAGACAUUUGGGAUGGCACAAGGGUGAGUAAAUUAUGAGAUAAUGUUCAUUUUUGGGUGAACUAUCCCUUUUACCAGCACCACCAGCCGAAGCAACAGGAGCAACGCAUUUCCAGUGUGCCCUCGUCCCAGUCUUUGCAACCAUCUCCACUACCAAAGCCAGUGACCUCUGUUCACCAUGUUCCACUCCCCCCACAUACUCCACAUGUCUCUGCACUGUCCACAUGUCCCGGUCGAGGCAAGAUGGCCAAGUUGCUCAACCCAGAGGAGAUGACAUCACGGGACUACUACUUUGACUCCUAUGCCCACUUUGGAAUUCAUGAGGAGAUGCUAAAGGAUGAGGUGAGGACACUGACCUAUAGAAACUCCAUGUACCACAAUAAACACAUCUUUAAGGAUAAGAUUGUUCUAGAUGUGGGAAGCGGAACCGGAAUCCUCUCAAUGUUUGCUGCUAAGGCAGGAGCCAAGCAUGUAUAUGGGAUCGAAUGCUCUAGUAUAUCAGAGUAUUCAGAGAAAAUCAUCAAAUCAAAUCACCUGGACAAUGUUAUUACCAUCAUUAAAGGUAAGGUGGAGGAGACAGAAUUACCAGUGGAUCAGGUGGACAUCAUCAUUUCAGAGUGGAUGGGCUACUGUCUUUUCUACGAGUCUAUGCUCAAUACAGUCAUCUAUGCCAGGGACAAAUGGCUGAAGCCUGGGGGCUUUAUGUUUCCAGACAGAGCAACAUUGUAUGUAGUUGCCAUUGAGGAUCGGCAAUACAAAGACUUCAAAAUUCACUGGUGGGAGAACGUCUACGGUUUUGAUAUGACAUGCAUUCGGAACGUCGCUAUGAUGGAGCCCCUGGUGGAUAUAGUAGAUCCGAAACAACUCGUGACCAACUCUUGCCUCAUAAAGGAGGUGGACAUCUACACGGUAAAGACUGAAGACCUGACGUUCACCUCGGCCUUCUGCCUGCAGAUUCAGAGGAAUGACUACGUUCACGCCCUUGUCACGUACUUCAACAUUGAGUUCACCAAGUGUCACAAGAAGACUGGAUUUUCAACAGCCCCUGAUGCUCCAAGUACUCACUGGAAGCAGACAGUGUUUUAUCUGGAGGAUUACCUAACUGUGCGGAGAGGAGAGGAAAUCCUGGGUAGCAUCACUGUGAAGCCCAACGAAAAUAAUGAGCGUGACUUGGAUUUCACCUUCGAGCUUGAUUUCAAAGGACAGCUUUGUGAUGCAGCCAUCUCCCACGACUACAAGAUGCGGUAAAGCUCAUCCCGGGUUGGAGUGUGACUUCCCACAGAGAUUCAGCAGAGAGACAGAUG